AUGCCAGUCGUGGUCACAACGGACGAACUAGCACAAGAGCAAAGCGUCGACAAAGAGCUCAAGGCAUUAUUAAAUUCUAAUACCAGCCUGAAAUUACGGAAACUUCAUCUAGAUAAAACGAAUCGUACAGUAUAUUGCGACAUCUCUCAGGACGACGUGCGACCAUAUGUACCCGGUUCCCUGCGCAAAGCAAUUAUCGAGACAGUACAUAGCCUGUCUCAUCCGGGAUGCGUCAAGAUCCAGCGCUACAACAAAAAUGUUCCGGAACACAUCAAGAUUCCUGAUUCCCGAUUUUAUCAGAUCCAUUUCAACAUUGUCGGACCACUUUCACUGUUCAAAGGCUACAGGUACUGUUUCACCGCCAUCAAUCGUUACACGCGAUUGCCUGAGGCGAUUCCCAUCAUCGGCGUGUGCGGAUACCAUCGUAAUGGCCUUUUAUACAUCCUGAUAGCACGUUUUGGUGCACCAGUUGUACUUACUACGGAUCGUGGAUCCCAAUUUGAAUCUAUGUUGUUUCAGACACUAGUCCGUCUAAUAGGUGCCGAGAAGAUCAGGACCACAGCCUAUCACCCCGUCUCUAAUGUCAUGAUAGAACGGUUUCAUCCUAGAUUUGUUCGUCAUUACAAGGGCUACAUUUUAUGA